AUGUUUGUGGUGUGUCUUAUUUACAAGUCACAUCAAUCAAAGAAAAUACUACAAAAGACCACAUGCGAGUUUUCAAUGAAAAAGUCGAACAUCAACUUUAUUGAAUAUUCUCCAGGAGUCAUGUUGAACAAAACAUCACUCGACUUCUCUGUUGAUUUUGAUAUAAUUUGUUCACUUCCAAUUGACCAACCAAGUCGUGACCUCCUCUGUGUUGGAAACAACUCAAAACAUACUGUGAAAGUCCAAUUGACAUACAAAACGACAAGUGAAAAGUACACCAUCAGGGUAACUCCAUCUCUGGCAACACUAUCCUCUGAGAAAGCUGUUGAAUUUGAAAUAUUUGUAACACCUCUUUGCACAUGUAGCAUCAGUGAAACUAUUGCAAUUGUCCUUCUUAAUAUGUCGAAGGGUGAGCAGAUGUCCCUCAACUUUCCCAUCAAGUUUGAAAGUGAGAAGUCGAGCCACCUUAUAGCCGACGAAGUAAUUUGCGAAAAGAAGAUAGGUGAAGGCUCCUUCGGUGUUGUUUACAUUGGGAAUUACAUUGGAAACAAAGUAGCAAUUAAAAAGAUGAAAGAAGUCGAACACAAUGAAGAGUCAAUGGAAGAAUUUAAAAAGGAGGUUGAGAUGUUAGACAAAUUCAGAAGUGAAUUUGUCGUUCACUUCUAUGGCGCUGUUUUUGCACGUAAUAAAGUGUGUAUGGUCACGGAAUUUGCGACAUAUGGAAGUCUUCAAGACUUAAUGAAACACAAAACUUCGAAUGAAAUUGACAUGAAGUUAAGAGUGAAAAUUUGUCUUGAUGCUGCUAAAGACAACAUUUUAGUCUUUUCAUUGGAGACUAUCGAAAAGGUUAAUGCUAAAUUGACUGAUUUUGGAAGUAGUAGAAACGUCAACUUGUUGAUGACUAACAUGACAUUCACCAAAGGUAUUGGAACACCAACUUAUAUGGCACCCGAGGUUUUGAAAAAAGAAAAGUAUAAAAUGAGUGCAGACAUUUAUUCAUUUGGAGUAACAAUAUACGAGUGUGUUGGGUGGUGUGAGGCGUACCCAAAAGAUGAAUUUAAAUUCCAUGGAAAAUAG